AUGCCUCUUCGACUUCGACAGGCAAUAGCUGGACGUCCAAAUCUUCUAUCAUCCAGUAAUGUUGGUGUAAUAUCAAUUGGGAAUAAUAGUUAUGUGGUACAUCCUUCAGGCUCAAACGUGACUGUCCUCAGUCCUGAGCUGAACUUGAUAGAUACGCUACCGUUCUGGGCAGCUUUACCUCAUCGAGCAUCCACUUCCAAUCCAGGACAAGUAGAAGGAGUAUGCUGUAGCAAUGUGGACAAUCUGAUCGUAUCUUGGAGUGAAAUACAUGUGGUCAUAUGGCAGCACCUCUUCACAAAGGGAAUUGGGGAAUGGACAGUUCAUUCGACUGUAGUGGCUUCAAACUCGAUAAAGAGCCUUGACUUCCGUUCAGGUAUCCUGCUGCUUGGCACUCAAGAUGGAAUUGAAUUUUGGCGUAUGGAUCCUCAAGCUGAAGUGGUAGUUUGGGAUAGGAUCUGGCAAAGACCAUAUCCUGCACCAACGAGUAUUCACAUAUCACCGUCUUCAGGUCAUAUCGCUUGGUUCACAAAAAACCAAAGAUCAGCUUAUAUACUAGCCACCGAUAGAAAAGGUCAAGCCAUUGGAAUGGCUCAGGAGCUCAGACAUCCCAGAGAGAUAUCUUGGAUAGGAUGGAGGAAACCCAUUUCUGCAAGUUCGGAUUCCCACUUGUACACUAUCACUACCAACUCGGUAUUCAGGAUCUAUUCCCCUGUAUUGGAUGACCCGACGUGGUUUCAAUUACUUUCCUCACUUGAUCAUCGAUCUUUCUCACCUAGCGGCCAACAUGGUGGAAAAGGAAAAGAACCAGAGAUCAACAGCUUUGGAGCUAUCUGGGCAUGGGAUGCAGAGGUUCUCCGAGUUGUCGUCAAGGCUGAACUUAUCAGCAUUAAAGAAAAGGAGAGUGAGAUACCAACUCAGACGACCAAGAUCCUCGAAGGUUUGGAGAAUGAGGAGAGCGAUGUCAUCAUUUGGAUGGGGCCAAACCGCGAAAUUGUUUUGCGAUCAAUUUUAAACAUGGAGAGAAAACCACCUACUCUACUAAAAACACUCCCUCUCGCAAAUUACAAGGUACCGGCAUCUUCCUCCUCUCCCUCUUGGUCUCCCCAGGCACAGAUUCUUCAUGUGCCAGGUUCAACUCCUGGCCUUCUGGCCAUUACAGCACCAACAGUCCAUCACCCUCAAAUAACGGCACAUCGACUAUCGCUUAUUGGAUUAUUGGGUUCUCGCUCGAAUGGCAUCGUCCCACCUUCCGUUCCAGGUCUGAGUGAAGACACGACACUUGUUCAAUUGAAAAAUUCGAUCGAUAAGUUCGUUCGAACACCGAACGGGCGAGGACUACUGGUUCUAGCCGAGGAUGGGGAAGUAGCGACCUGGUACAAACAACAAUUGAGUCUUCGACCGAAGAAAUGGCAUCUAGGUCCUAAAACAUUAGUAGGCAGGGGUCACUGGACGGUACCUACCUCACCAAGCCAAGCAGCAAUAUUUGCUAAAGGACGUGCUAUCGUCUUCUACACAAAAACUCCGAAAGGUGAUCCGAUCAUUACCCUUCAACAUCUGGACUCUCAUGCGACAAAACCUAGAGAACCAGUCAUCUUACCUCAUUUCAACCCUACACCUGAUGACGACGUGGAGAUGUUGUUAGCUGUCUCAGAUAUAGACGAUGGAUAUAGCGGAGGAAGUAGACGGACACAAAGAGCCAUCAUCACUGCUGCAACUAAAAGCGGAGAAGCAUGGGUCUGGCGUGUCGUGUCUCGCAUAACCCCCAAAGAAGGCGACUUGGAGAAUCAACCGGACAUACAUCUCAUUUCACAUUAUCGAUUGCCCCUUGAUUCGGAACACGAAGAAGGGAUACCAAAAUUUAUACUACCUGUUGAUCCGAUGGGUUGGCAUCAAUCUGUCAUUGAUUGGACGACAGAUACUCCGCUCCAAGAUAUGAUUCUGACCAUUUCAAGCGACGGAGACCUAGAGUUCUGGACACCAAAGAUUGGAGUACAUCUGGCUGGACAAGAUAACCGGCAAAAGGCCAUCCAAGUCGAUACCCCUUGCGACCAUUGCGGCUCUAACGGAGUGUCAAAAGGCGAUGAGCCAUGGACAAGAACUGGAAUUGUCAAAACAGACAGAAGUAAUGUUAUAAUGGCUAGAUGUAGCUCAAGGAAGAAGACCGUCAUUGUGUGCGAGCUGGAUGAUGGCAGACAUGAAAUGACUAUUUGGGAUUCCAAAGUCAGCGAGUUCUCUACCGGUCUUGAGCUUACCCAUAUAUUUGAGCGCGGUGACAAGAUCCGUGAUUUAGAUUGGACGACCACUUCUGACCUCCAAUCAGUACUAGCAGUUGGGUUUGAUCAUAAGGUGGUAUUAGUUUGCGAACAACGCAUGUCUUACGUCGAAACCACUCCUGGUUGGGCACCGUUCCUCACCAUCGACAUGGAGCGUCAUACCCCUGUUCCCAUUAGGGAUUCUAUCUGGCUCGCUGGGGGUUCUUUGGCUGUAGGAACUGGUAAUCAGAUAUACCUCUUCAGUCGAUUUUUGGGUAGAGAUAGUCCUACACCCUCUCCUGCUGGGUCCGUUAAAAGUAUGGCUUUAGACGAGGAAGAGCCAGAAGAUAUUUUCCAGCUUAUCGCGCAUAGGAAUGGUCCGCUAGUGGAUUAUCACCCCACACAGUUGGGUCAAUGUCUCCUUUGGGAUAAAUCGGAUUUGGUGAAAAGCAUACUUUUACAGCUUGUGAAGAGUCUCAAGCAAAGUGAAGAGGAUGGAAAGAAGAGAAUACGAUUUCAGAGGUUGGAUCCUUCAGAAUUCUAUUCGCGGAAAAAGCGAUCUAGAACUGUGAAAGCAUCAAUCAACAAGUACGAUGGCUUAUUCGACUCCUUCCAACCUCCUCCGGUAGACGAUGAUGAUGAAUUCACUGAUCGAGUUGUCGAUGAAUUGGUCGAUCGUCUGAACGGGAAAGUCGCCGUUCCUUUGACAGCGUAUGAAAAGUCUUUCUUGGCAACAGUCGCCCAGGCGACAUUGGAGGCGGAACAACAACGUCGCUCGCUCGAUAUCUGCGGUAUGCGAUAUCUCAUAUCCUUACGGAUGUACGUGAAUUGGGAUCGACUUUCUUCGUCCUCUCAAACGCCCGUAUCAGCUAUCACAUCAACUUACCCCAAUUCGCCGUCUGAUUCAUUAGAAGAGAAAAGGAGCAACCACUUUUCGUUCCGAAAUAUAGUUUGGGCAAGUCAUAGUGAAAGUCAAGAGUUAUUGCUUUCUGCAUCUAAAGAAACGUGUAAAGAUGGUAAGAUGUUAUGGGAAGAUGCUAGGAGAAUGGGAAUUUUCCUGUGGUUGAAAGCAGGCGAAACUUUCAAAUCGCAACUCGAAGUUAUCGCCAGAAAUAGGUUUAUGCAAGAUGAAGAUCGGGAUCCAACCUGCUGUUCACUUAUCUUCUUUGCCCUAGGAAAGAAAAAGGUGGUUCAUGGAUUAUGGAGACAAGCUCCUGGACACAAAGAACAAGCUUUAAUGUCAAAGUUCCUAGCCAACGAUUUCGAAUUGGAAAGGUGGAAAACGGCUGCUUUGAAGAACGCUUAUGCUCUUCUGGGUAAACAACGAUAUGAGUACGCUGCAGCGUUCUUCAUGCUUGCUGGCUGUGCAAAGGACUCCAUCAAUGUUUGUCUACGACAUUUGAAUGAUUGGCAGCUUGGUGUAGCCCUCGCAAGAGUAGUCGAAUCAAACGAAAUGGAAGGCAAAGGGGUUGGACCGAUAUUGAGGUGGAUCUUGGAGGACACCGUUCUACCUGUAGCUUUCAAAGGCGGACAUAGAUGGUUAGCAAGCUGGGCAUUUUGGACGUUGGGAAGAAGAGAUUUGGCUGUUCGAAUACUGAUUUCACCGAUGAAUGAUAUCGCAAUCGAUUUCAGAUCUGAUAAAAUCUUGGAAGUCGGUAAUCCAGAUAAUGACGACCCUUCAUUAUUGCUGAUGUUCCAACAUCUCAAAUCAAAAUCUCUUCAAACUGCAAAAGGGACUAACGAAGUUUCGACAAAAUUGGAAUACGAUUUCGUGCUACAUAAUGCUAGGGUUUUCUUCAGGAUGGGAUGUCAUAAUCUCGCUCUUGAUUUACUUCGAUCGUGGUCAUUCGAACGGCCUUUCUUCCCAUCUCGCACGACCAGAACGACAAAGACAACUUCAACCCCAAUAUCUUCAGGCCCACUAAAACGUCCAUCAUUAAACGGACUGAAUACGAUAUCGUCUUCUUAUAUAGCAGGAAGUCAUAGAAGGAGACCCUCUUUCAUGCUUACAAAUGAGAAGAGAACAGAAUCACUAUUCAUGGAUAUGGACGUUCUAGUUGAAUCUAAUGGCACAAACACAUCAACUUUACCUACGCCAAAUAAUGAAAAAUCAAAUCCUAUCAACGGAGAUGAACAGAUCGACCCAACGCAAGUAAGAGCGCAAAAAGAAGAACCUGUAGAAGAAGAAGAAGAAGAAAAAGUGAAAGAAGAAUUAGUACAAUCACCACCUAAGAAAAUAGGUAAUUUAAUGAAAGAAUUGAAACAGGAUGUUCAACAAGGUGGAAUGGAAUUCGACAUGGACAAUUUCUUCUGA